CCAUCCAGUGACACUAAACGAUGUAAUUCAUUUCUAAAUGCUGUUUACGAUGGUAGAUCAGGUUGAUUGGGUGAAAAUACAUCAAGACACAAUAUUUGUAAACAUUCUAUCACGACUUCUGAGAAUAUUUAGUGGUCUUGGGAUAGCUUGUAUAUUCUUCGCAAUUUUCUAUCACUUCUAUGGCUCAUAUUCUCCGCUGUUCAUACAACAUUUUCUCCUGUUUGGAAAGUCGAACCCUCAGUAUUGUGAAUAUUUAAAGUAUUCAAGAGUUCCUAAAAGAUGGUUUAAAUAUUUUUACAUGAUUGGUAUAUUCUCUACAUUAUGUAUCCUACUGGUUGAAUUAUUUAUGCUAUCUUCAGUACUAAACAAAACCAUAAUUUCUGUUUUAAUCAUAUAUCUGGUACAUGUUUCACGUCGACUGUAUGAGUGUGCAUACGUUUCCGUAUUCAGUAAUUCUCAAAUGAGUUUCAUGCACUUUUUGAUGGGUAUUGGAUUCUAUAUUGUCGCUCCUAGUUCAAUUUUGCUUUCUCAAAGUAAUGCAGCUGAACGAUCAUAUUUGACUAUUGGCUUAUUUAGUGUACACAUGUUAAUACUCCAGUAUUUGCAAGAUUUGGUUUUCCGACAGUUAGCUGCCUUACGUUCAGGGAAAAAUAAAAACACAGACAAGUUAUCGGAGAAAAAGUAUUAUCCACCCGAUGGGAGCAUGUUUUAUUGGGUAUCGUGCCCGCACUACAUACUUGAAAUAUCAAUCUACUUAUCAUGUCAGUUAUUUAUUACACCUAAAUGGAUACCAUUUUCGCAUAUAUUAUUUUUCACAAUAUGCAAUCAAUUAUGCUGUAUAUGGCUAAAUCAUAAUUGGUAUAAAAAUAAUUUCCCUGAGUGGGCAUCUAAACGUGCUAUGCUGAUUCCUUAUGUAUGGUGAAUAUAAAAAUGUAUGUUCACUUCUCUCUCCUAAACAUAAACAUCUUGAUGUAAAAUAUUUUUUAGUGUUAGACUAUUCAUUUUAUUCAACUGACUACGCAUUAUCUAAUAUUUUUUAUGUGAUUGUUUUCCUAAGAUGCUCCGUUUUGUGAUAUUUUUCUUUUCUAUUCGAAAAGUUAUUGUAAUGUAAGUACAUUCUUCCUUAAGAGCUGUUUUGAAUUAAGGAGAACCUAUCAAAAGAAAAGCUAUUAAUUAUUGAGUA